CUCAAUUCAUUAGUUGGAAUUGUUCCUUAAUCAAGAUCUACUUUCUCUCUCUCACUAUACAAAUGCAAAAAAGGGUCAAAAGAUAGAGGGGUCCAACUCUUUUCUUAUCUUUUUGUUUUCUGUUACAGAAAAAAAGAAGAAGAAGAUGCCACAUUGCUGUGACUCUUGACAGAGUAAAAAAGAAGAAAAAAGCUGCAGUCUUUGAAGAAUACAAGAACAAAAUAGAAGCUUUUGUGAGAUCUCUGAAGCUCCAAGUUUAAAGGAUAAGGCAAUUUGUUGUACAAGAAGAUGGGGAAGAAAGGAAGCUGGUUUUCUUCAGUAAAGAAGGCUUUGAGCCCAAAUUCUAAGGAAAAGUCUGACAAGAAAGAUAGUAAAUCAAAGAAGAAAUGGUUUGGGAAAGAAAAGCAGCCACUCCCGGAUUCUUCAACUUUGAUGGUUGCCUCAGUGUCUCCUCCUCAACCUGUUCCUCCAGUGGAAGAGGUCAAACUGGCUGAAGUGGAAGAAGAACAGACUAAACAUGUGUAUUCCGUUGCAGUUGCUACAGCUGCAGCAGCCGAAGCGGCUGUUGCAGCUGCUCAGGCUGCUGCAGAGGUUGUUCGAUUAACUACAAUCAAUCAAUUUACAGGCAAAUCCAAGGAGGAAAUAGCUGCAAUCAGGAUUCAGACGACAUUUCGAGGAUAUCUGGCUAGAAGGGCAUUAAGAGCUUUAAGAGGACUUGUCAGACUCAAAACAUUAGUUGAUGGACCAACUGUCAAACGGCAAACUGCAAAUACUCUGAAAUGCAUGCAGACUUUAUCUCGUGCGCAGUCUCAGAUUAGUUCUAGAAGGAGCAGGUUGUUGGAGGAGAACAGAACUCUCCAGAGACAGCUUAUGCAGAAGCAUGCAAAAGAACUUGAGAGUUUGAGGAGAGGAGAGGAAUGGGAUGAUACUCUACAAUCAAAGGAGCAAAUUGAAGCAAGUUUGCUCGGCAGAUUUGAAGCUGCAAUGAGACGAGAAAGAGCACUCGCUUAUUCAUAUUCCCACCAGCAAACCUGGAAGAAGUCAUCAAGAUCUACCAAUUUGUUGUUUAUGGAUCCAACCAAUCCUCAAUGGGGUUGGAGCUGGUUAGAGCGGUGGAUGGGUGCUAGGUCUAGGGAAAACCAAAACAUGUCCGAGAAAGAACUGAAAAGUGAUCAAAUGUCCGUUAGAAGUGCCAGUAUGAGCAUUGCUGGAGGAGAAAUUACCAAGGCAUUUGCCCGUCAUCAGCUGAAUUCUGAACUCCCUUCUUCUCCUUCCAGCCAAAAACCAAACCGUCCUUCAAGCCGCCAAUCUCCUACUACACCUUUCAAGCCCUCCACAGCUAGAAAACUGAAACCAGCAAGUGCAAGAGUCAGUGCAAUAAACCAAGAAGAUGACACACGAAGUGUGUUUAGUGUUCAAUCAGAAAUGAACAGGAGGCAUAGCAUUGCAGGAUCAUCUGUAAGAGAUGAUGAGAGCUUGGGAAGCUGCUCAUCAGUACCAAGUUAUAUGGCGUCCACUCAGUCAGCAAAAGCAAGAACAACACGGUUGCAGAGUCCAUUAGGUGUGGAAAAUGGCACACCACCAGCAAAGGGAUCAGCAGGUUCUGUGAAGAAGCGACUCUCUUACUCACCUUCACCAGCCAUUACAAGGCGGCAUUCAGGCCCACCAAAGAUCGAGAUUACCCCCACAAACACCUCUAUUGCUGAUAAAUAUGUGAAUGGAGUUGUCAACUAGCUCAUCUUGUCACAAAGUAAUAAGCUGCACCGCAGCCCUGCUAUACCAGUUAAACGCAGAGGAGAUAUGAAGAUUUGGAACAAAGGCAUUUGUUGAUUGACUCAUGCAGCUUCAACUCCUCCAUAAAACCAACACGAAUUCGUUACUGUAUGUGCAUUCCUGCGUGGUGCUUGAUUUUUUAAUUUAUCAGAAAAAAAAUGAUACUUGCUGCUUAAAUAUUCGCUUCUCCCACGAGUGUUGAUGAAUUCAGAUUGUGAUAGUUUGUGAAUUUAUUUUAGAGGAAGCAUUUUAUUGUUUGUGAUUAUAUAUGAUUCCAUCUUUAUUAUGUAUACAAAAUGGUGAAACAAGAGAGACUUUCUUUA